CUCAUCUUGCAUCACCCCCACCCACCACCACGACACCAUGCCGGACGCCUUCUUCCAGUCACAAAAGAAGCGCAAGCGGCCCAACCGUGCGGGCGGGUCGUCCUCGCGCCCGGCGCCGCGCAAGCCCAGGGCAGCGGCGCGGGACGAGGAGCUCGCGUCCGACGACGAGGCCGGCGCGGCCAACAUCGAGAUCGACGACAUGGACUUUACGGCCGGCAGGCGGCCGGCGGCGCUCGACGACGAUGAGUUUGUCGACACGAACGAGACGGCGGCGGAGAAGCGUGUGCGGCUGGCAAGGGGAUACCUUGACAAGGUCCGCCAGGACAUUGAGGAGGAACACGCAGAGGACGAUUUCGACGCAGCCGAGAUCGACAAGGAGCUGAUUGCGUCGCGUCUGCGCCAGGAGGUCGACGAGGCCGAGGGCCGGAUCCACCGCUUUGUGUCGUCGGCAGAGGUGACGGCGUCGCGCUUCGCGUCGACGCAGCACGUGCCGACCGGUGUGGCGAUGACGGCGACUGGGCAGGUGUACGUGUCGACCAAGAACGGGAGCGUGCUGCGCUUCGACCGCGCGACGCUUAAGAGCCCCAGCCGGCUGCCGGGCGGGGAGCACAAGGGCGCCAUCUACGCCGUCGCCGCGAGCGAGGACGGCAAGUGGGUCGUGACGGGCGGGGCGGACAAGCUCGUCGGCGUGUGGCGCGACGGCGAGUGGGUGACCGGCAUGCGGGGGCACAAGGACGCCGUGUCGUCUGUCGUGUUCCCGCCGCUCGCGAACCAGUCGGCACACGUGCUGUCGGCGAGUUUGGGCCGGCACCUGGCGCUGCACUCGCUGUCCACGCUCUCGGCGCUCGACACGUUCUUCGGCCACCAGGACGCCGUGCCGUCCGUGUCGGCACUCAAGCCCACCGCGGCCGUCACGGCCGGCGGGCGCGACCGCACCUGCCGCUGGUGGAAGGUCGAGGAGGAGGUGCAGCUCGUGCUCCGGUCGGGCGGCAAGACGCGGGACGGCGAGCGCGAGUACGUGGAGGGCAGCGUGGAUGUUGUGUGCGCGCUCGACGACUCGCACUUUGUUUCUGGCGGCGACACCGGCACGAUCUGUCUCUGGAGCACAGGCAAGAAGAAACCCAUCUACUCCAAGGUGCUCGCACACGGCACCGAUACCGACGGCCACAACAGCCUCGUCGAGUCGACGAAGGAGCCCGCACCCCGCUGGAUCACGGCGUUGGCCGCCCUGCGCGGCACAAAUCUCUUCGCGUCCGGCUCGUGGGACGGCCACGUCCGCUUGUGGGCCAUGGACGCCGAGCUGCGGACGUUCAAGCCCGCCGGCGAGUUUGAGCUCGGCGGCUUUGUGAAUGCGCUCCAGAUCCUCCAGCUCGACGACACCAUUGUCCUCACCGCCGCUGUCGGCCGCGAGCCACGACUCGGCCGCUGGAUCUCGCUCAAGAAGGCCCGCAACGGCCUCUUUGUCGCCAGUCUCGACAUCAAGUCGGACGUGUAAACUACCCACUUCACCACCCCCCAAUGUAAUAUGUCAUCCAGUAUCCAUGCAUACGGCGUUCCUGGCAA